AUGUGCUUCUCAGAGCAGUGGCGAAGUUUAGCACUAUUCCCCUGUGGUUUGUACCGUUGUCUUAUGCUUUUGACCAACUUAUCGAUACCAGCACCCCCUGUUGUUCCCGUUUUUUUUUUACGUAUCGGUCCUGUAACUCCUCAGGGCUUACCCGCCUUUCCCUCCGUAGAAGAGGGUAGCAGUAAUAGGAACAGAAGAGGAGGUGGUGUAACCCGAGCUUCACCGAGAGAUUGCUCGGUGUGCGCACCGUCGAUGAGACCUCAAAAAGAAAAAAACACCGUUUUGGGGGCUCCGGUCGUUGCUUUCUCCUUCAACCGUGACUUUUCGGAGGCUAUUUUUUCCCCAAACAACCACCAACUUGUUAUUGUGCGGUGCGAUGACAUCAGCGACUGCUCAACUUGGGGAGUUGAAGCUACCCUGGAACAGCACGAUCAAUCAGUGUCCGCUACCGCAUGGCACGGGACUACAGGCAAAAUUCUUUCGUGUGCGCACGAUCGUAUGGCGUACGUGUGGUACCGUGAUAGUAAGGAGAAGUGGAAGCCGCAGAUGGUGUUGCUUGACGUUGGCGUGAAACGUGGGUUGACUUGCUGUGCGUGGAAUUUCUCAGGGUCCAAGAUAUACGUAGGGUCUGCGGACGCCAACAUCGCCGUUGGACGCUUUGAGUGUAGUGAACAGUGGUGGAUAUGUCGUUUGUUGACCGGCCACACAAGUACUGUCACCGCGCUAGCCCCGCAUCCUUCAGACGAUGCCCUUCUUGCAUCAGGUGGUGCAGACGGUAACCUACUACUCGUUUCAACAUAUAUGAAGAAACUUGAUACAACCAAAAGCAGGCCGUUUGGUUAUGUUUACUUUGAGAAGAAAUUCAGUGCGUGGGUGCACGCCGUAACAUGGACGCCCUCGGGUCAGCGUCUCGCAGUGUCUACACACGAUAGCCGCGUAUCAGUCCUCGAUGUCGUUUAUUCCGAAAUAGUGGAGGGAGGAAAGGAGGCAGUAACACUACACACAAUAAAUAUGACGAUACUGCCACUGAGGGCGCUUGCGUUUAUUGACGAGGAUCAACUAGUUGGUGGUGGAUUUGAUUAUUACCCUGUAAUUUUCGCACUCGAGGAAGAACGGGGGUGGAGGAUGACAGGGAAGUGGGUUGUGGCUCAUGCAAAGGAGAUAGUAACGACCCAACAGUUAGCCCGUGCGAAGUUUGAGGGGGACGCGCGCGUCGGUAGAGUAAACAUGUUUGAGGAGGAGCGUAGCCGUCACAAAAAUACUAUUAAUUUUGUAUGUUGUUUGACUGCUCUGAAUCCCCGACCUGGUGCUGCUGAGAAGCUGUCGGAUACGGAACGUCCGCUCUUUGCCACAGCAGGUCUGGACGGGCGUGUGGAGGUGUGGGCAAGAAAAGACGUCACGAAGCUUUAG